AUGUCCACCUACGCCGCUGAAAUUGAGGCAAUCCUCGCCGCCGUCCGCGCACGCAUAGAGGCCGAGGAAGGGGAAAGAUAUGAAAUUGUCGAACUGAGUGGCGACCCGAUGCCAGAUGCACCUACCACCGCAGCACCUGGAAUGGCGGAAUUUUAUGGCUAUGGCCGCCGGUUGGAAGAUAUUGGGGAGGAGCAGCAGGAGCAGCAGGGGGAGGAGGAGCAGCAGGAGGGGGAGGGGCAGCAGGAGCAGCAGCAGCAGCAGGAGGAGGGGUAUGUGAACCGUUAUGCGACGAACGAGGAUAUUGCAAGGGAGCUGGGGAUCCCAGGGUUUGGUGGACUCAACACGAUCCCCCAUCCCCGCCGCGCCCUCUUCCCCCCACCUCCCACCCCGCUCUCCGAGUCCGAGUCCGAGCCCGAAGACACUACCGUCCCGGAGCACAUGCAGUGCGGCAUCUGCCUGUGCCGCCAGAUCACGCUCGCGUACAACGGGUGCACGCAUGGCGCGUGCAGGACGUGUGUCAAGCGGAUUUGUGCGACGCAGGGCCCGCAAAGCACGUUUCCGUGCCAUGUGUGUCGCGCCUUGGUAGCGGAGGUGGGACCGCUGGUGGAGAGGGAGGGGGCGGAGGGGCUGCGGUGGAGUGGGUGGGAUGUCGAGCGCUGGGUGCCGGUGGUGGAGUGGGUGAUGGGGGUGUCAGCGAGGGUGAGAGGGAGGUGGGGGAGGUGGUUGUAG